CGCGCAGCGCCGUUGCCGUGGAAACGGGACUCCGCGUAUCCAACGCUAAGUUUAAUAAAACGGUUCUUACACGAGUCUGACAUUGAACACAAUGGAGACGGCGGAGAGUACCGAAGAAACGGAGAAUAAAACUAUCGAAGUAACUGUCGUGCGUGGAAAUUACCUGCUGAGCUCGUUAAACCAGGGGAAGAAGACCGGCGUCUUCAGGAGUUCAGUGCAGGUGGAGGUGGACGGAAAUGUGCUGGGAGAGUCGGAGAAGAAGGAGGUGCCGCAGGUGGCGCAGCGCGUGGACUACGACUUCACCUGCGGCCUCCUGUGCCGCGGUGACGCGGAGGCCCUCAGCGAGCUCCUCAGCAAACCCCUCAUCCUGACGGUGAGGGAGUUCCUGCCCGAGGAGAAGAAAGCUGUGGCGAGGACGGCGGUGGUGGGACAAGCUGUGGUCGACCUGCUGCCGCUGCUGCAAGGUCAGUGCAGCUUCUCCGCCAAAGUCCUGCUGAAUCCAGUGUCCGGGUCCGCGGCCAAAGACACCACCCCGUCACAGAGCAGCCUGAAUGUGGAGACAGCAGUUAAAGAGAGACAUAAGCAGUUGGCCAGAAACUUCCUGUUAAAGUGGAAAAAUCAGCAGCCCACCCUGUGCGUGUGUGUCAGUGUGUCGGAUCCGCUGCUCUCCGAGGCCGAGCUGUCGUCCUCCAACCUGCUGAGGGUUACCGUGGAGACGGCCUUCUCCGUCCCCAAGUCGUGGUCGUUUGAGUCGGGCUCCGCUCCCUGCAAAUACUCUGCCGCCCUGGAGGUCCCGCUUACUGCACAGAAGGAUCAGGCGCUGCUGUUCUGUGAGGGGCAGCUGAUGGCCGGCGGGCAGAGGGAGCAAAAUGGCCGACGGAGGAAGAGGCCCCAUCGGGCGCUGCUGGUCCCGGCGAACCACUUCCUGCCCGCCGCCUUCCUGCAGGCGGAGCCCGUGGAGGAGGAGGACGGCGAGCUGACAGGCUACGAGGACCAGGCGUUUCGUGAAACUGUGGAGACCACAAAGAACAGGGUGAGCUGGGACACGGAGAUGCCCUGCUUCCUGGACGCGGGAGGAACGAGCAGGCUGCGGCAGAAGAUCACAGAGAGCAGACUGUGGCCCGUGGAGAUAAUGAGGCUGACAAAGGCAGCAGAAACCAAGAUGCUGGCCGAGGGGAACCUGGAGAUCCCCUUCCACGGUGUGGCGUUUGUGGACUUGGGGCGGCUGCUGUUCCCUGGAGUCCGCCGCAUCCGGGGAGCCUACAGCAUUCAAACCUUCUCCGAGGCUGAGCUGCUGAAAAAGGCCAAGCGGAGUGGCAGUGUGUUAAAGGAGCACGUCAAGUUUGCAGCUGACCAGGUCAAAGGUCGUGCAGGCUCUGCUGCGGGCUCCCACAAGGCGAGGGCGCGGGGAGCCAAGGAGUCCAAGGAGCCGGCCAAAAAGCAGCACGCCAGUCAGAGCAGAAUGACUGCAGAUGAUGUGGGGGCCAGCGGGGGGGCCGAAAGUGUGCUGCACCUCAAUUUGGAGGCAGAUACGUAUGCCGAGGCCCGAACUUAUAUCAUCAUUGAGAUAACCUUGGAGAAACCACUGGUACCCAAAACCCCCGCAGAGGAGCUGUCCAGUAGGGUGAGGGCGUUGAUCCCUCCCAAACCUCCACACCCAGCGGGUCCCAGCAGAGCGGAAACAGCCGUGCUGGACUUCCACAGGCAGGUGGGCAACGUGGUGACCCAUGUUUCGGACCAGUACGGGGAAUUGUUGGCAGCCGGGUGGAAGGCGUCAGAAAACUGCAGCCGGGAGCAGAUGCACGUUGAGCUGAUGGGAUCGCUCAACGACUCCGGGAGAUACUUCGCCUUCAAGGAGCAGAUGAAGCAUGCGGUGGUGAGGAUCGUGCGCGACAAAAUGCAGCGGACGGAGCCCAUCAAUGACCCUCAGGAGCUCAAACGGUUUGUCAGCAAGCUCUAUGUCUACCUGGCGGACGAGAUGCACAUAGCUCACAACAAGAUCUACUCGCAUGACGUCGUUGAUGACUCCCCGGAUGAGAUCCAGUUGAGUUCUUCUCAGCUCAGACAUUUUGCCAGAGAGGCUCAGCUCGUUGGGGAUUAUCAGCAGGCUGUGCAGCACUACCAAGAGUUGGUGGUGAGGGAGCCGACUGACCCCUCCCACAAGUUUGAGUGGGGAAGCCUUUACAUGCUGACCGGAGACUACAUGGAGGCCAGAGAGUGUUUCCAUGACGCCGUUUCCGUCCAGCAGGCACACAGGCCCAGCCUGAUGAUGUGCGGCGUCUUGGCAGCGAUGUUUGAGGAACACGAGGAGGCCCGGACCUUCCUGCAGAGAGCCACCAGCAUAGAGCCGCCCAGUGUGGUGGCCUGGACGCUGCUGGGUUUGCACCAUGAGAUCCAGAGCGAAUCCAUCCUGGCAGAAAGCACUUUCCUGGAGGCCAGAAGGCAGCUGAGGGCGAACGGAGCAAAGAAGCGAACACAGAGCGCGGAAGAGGAGGAGGAGGGAGAGGAGGGGGAGGAGGAGGAGGAGGAGGAGGAGGAAGAGGUGGAGGAAGAGACACCGCUAGACCAGGAGCAGGACCGGAACCAGAACCCGGACUCUGUCUCAGAGGUGCAAGGAGAGCCUUCGGUGAACAUGAGCUCCAGCUCCAUAUCAGCUCCAACUAAACUCUCCUCCACCAUCUACACGGAGGCGGCUCAGUUCCUGCUGCAGAACUCUGCUCUGCAGAUGGCGGAGCGAGCCCUGUCCCUGGAGCUGCUGUCAGACGGCGGUCCCAGCGCCUCCUACCCUCUCCUCCUGGCCCGGCUGCAGCUGCUCCGAGCGGACUACCGCGGCGCCGCCGACAGCCUCCAGGAGGCGUUGUCCGACAGCGACGCGUGGGCGCUGAGCGGCCACUGCCACUUCCUGCUCGGGGCCUUCACUGACGCCCGCAAGAGCUACGAGUGGAGCCUGAUCUUCCCGCAGCCGCCAUCAGACUGUCACCUCGUCCUCCUGCGCCUGGGAUCCAUCUACCUCCAGCAGGAGAAGUAUGAGGAAGCCAAAGGCGUGUACCUGCGGGCUUGUGAGGCGUCUCCGUCCUGCCUCACCUGGCUGGGCCUGGGCACCGCCUGUUACCGGCUGGAGGAGCUGUGUGUUGCUGAGGAAGCUUUGACUGAGGCCAACCACCGGAACUGGCAGAACGCAGAGGUGUGGGCUUACCUGUCUCUGGUCUGCCUCAGGUCGGGCAGACAAGAGGAAGCGGAGCAGUUUCAUAAAUAUGCAACAAGGUUCAACCUGCAGGAGGAGCCGUUGCUCAGAGAGUUCGCUGAGCUGAAGGAGCAUCUCCGCUUCAGGACGCUGGCGUCCUGCUUUGGGACCAGCUCUUAAAGUACAUUUCAUGCCGAACACACAAAAGACGUUUUUAUUGUAUUUUUAAGCAUGUAACACGGUCAGGUUUCACAGACUGUUUAGUAACUGUAAUAAAGUCAAACAAUGUUUAGUAUCCACAUUACAAACAAACUCAAAGCAACGCAAAUAGUCCCAAAUGUAUACAAAACAACCGCAAUAUUCUUUUUAAAAAAUGCAUCAGGAAGACAAAAGGGAAGAGGGCAUGUGGUAUCACAGAACAUUAGAAAUCGUCUCACUUCUCUCGUCGCUUUCACCUGCCGAGACCUCGUAGUUCUAAAACGUCUCGGCAGAUUUUGGCACAAUCCUUCCUGCGCUGGAAAGGAAAUGUUCUGUUCGAUGUGUCUCAAUUACAAUCCUGUCAAAUCUAUUUACAAUGCUAAUUUUUACAUUAAAUGUCCUAUUUCAAACGAG